AGAACAAGAAAGGGCGAAUCCAAGCUUCUGAUUCACUUUUCUUCAUUUUCGUUACAACAAGAAGAUUAAAAGACCUCUGAGUUUAGUGAAUGCUUUUGGACACCAGCAUUUCAUCAAUAUAAAGCCAAAAAAUACUUUAGAUAAAGAGACGCCACAUAUUUUUACACAAGCUCUACGAGUACGAAUCAUCAAAGCACAAUGUCUCUAAAUAGCUUACUGCUCUCGAUAUUCAAAUCAUUUUCUGACAUAUUUCGAGAUGAGACAGCAGACAGGCUAGAAAACGGCGACGUUGGUAAUGAAACAUUUCGCGAUAGUUUCAAGCGAGAUUUACAAAACAUCAAAGCAAAGCUCGAUAAUCCUUCGAAAAUAGAUAUUUGCUCCAGUUUAGACCACUUGGAGGAAGGACUUGUUCUUUUUUUUAAGUGUUUUAACGAAGUAGAAAGAAAUGGAGAAUGUGAAGAAACAAGCAAUUUUGAAUCUCAAGCUACUUGUACUGCCACCACUAGCAGCUUUGAACUUUCCAGUGCAGUAAAACAUCCAAGUGUUUUUAAAUUGGCAAAGGAUCUAUUUAAAAAAUCGCGUGAAGAAGCAACAAGAGUUUUCAACAACAAAAAUUUAAGCUUGAAAGACAGAAUAUUUGCUGUUAAUGUGAAGGUCAUUGCGCAAAUUUUUGAAUGUCCUGAGCACCCAAAGAAUGCCAUUGAUUUGUGUUUAUCUUAUAUAAAAAGGCUGCAUCAAUUGGACAGUGUUCAAGAAAUGUUUGUUGUUUCUAUCGGCGGUGGCUCGAGAGCAAUGUUCAAUAGAUCCGAAACAAUGAAAAAUAUGAAGUCUGUCAUUCAUCUUAACCAUCAGUUGUAUCAGUUCACUGUGAGAAUCAAAAACAAUCAUGAUUUGGUAACAUGGCCAUGUAUUGAGCUCGGAGAAGGAAAGGUGUUUAAUCCAAUACGAGAUUGGCGAAAGAUCUUAACCUCUGAAGAAUCUUCAAAAGAAAUGGAAAGAAUGAAAGCCGCAAUGUUUCAAACGUUGGAAAAGAUGAAUAUAAAUGAAGAACCUGUUGAACUGUUGCCGUCGGCAAUCAAAGAAAUGGUGAGCACAGUAAGAAGUGAUAUUUUGAUUGCUGGAGGUUUUUCAUAUAGUUCCAUAAAGAGGAUUGAAAUAUUCUCAUGGAAGUUCGAGGAAUGGUUUGAGAUGGCACCAAUGAAAAAGGAACACAGGUGUUCUUCAUCAUUUAUUUAUAAUGAUGAUUUAUUUGUUGUUGGAGGAGUUGACUGCAACUCAAUAUAUAUAUUGAAUUUUAGUCAGUCAACUUUGACAUGGAAGAAAUUUCCUGGAGAGCUUCCUUAUGAAUGUUGUGGUCAUAAAACUGUUGUUUGUAAACAACAAAUCCUUCUCAUUGGGGGAGUUCAUAAUAAAACUAGAUCCGACAUUAUCAGUGAAUUAAAGAUUACUGGUACCACAUCUCAUGUUUUGAAAGAGUUGUGUCAUAUGCCUGAAGCACGAUCUAACCAUGCAGCUGAAGUUAUUGAUGAUAAAGUUGUUAUUUUUGGAGGAAGAGAAAAAGAUAACAAAGCAUUAUCAAGAGUUUUGGAGUUUGAUCCAGCAACUCGUACAUUUAAAGAAAUGCCUCCAUUACCUCAUCCAUUGACCGAAAUGGCAACAGUUCGAUGGAGAGAUCAAGUUGUUCUUCUUGGAGGUUAUGACGGAAAAGAAAUAUUGAACAGUGUUAUCAUGUAUGACAGAAAGACUGGUAACAUUACAGUCUUACCGUCCAUGUUGGAAAGGAGAUCGAGUUGUUGUGCAGUUAUAACAGGUGACACAAUUGUUGUCAUAGGAGGUCAGAAUGAUAAAGAUACACAUCUUAAUUCAGUGGAGUGUUUUAAAAUGGGAAGAAGUUCUUCAUGGACAUAUCUUCCUCCAUUGAAUGAGCCACGAUAUGCUGCUAUUGCAGAAGUUUUACCUGUUUGAUAAAAAAGCAUUAGUUGAUGCUUCAUAGACGAGUGUCUGAAAGUAAACAGUGUAACAUACUUUUUUGCUAAUCUCAUACUUGUCUCUCUAAUGGUAGUGAGAAAUUUUUUAAAUUUGCAUAUUUUAUGAUUUGAUAACUCUUGAUGACGUCAUCGUAAAUAUAACGUAAAUUUCUACUUAUUGUGCACACUUAUCGCUUAGGCCAUAUCGAUAACCUGCUUUUGCGUUGCUCUCUAUGACAUGAAAGAAAUUAUGUUGUGAGCGGCGAAAAUCAUUUUUUGAGCACGAUUUUUUUGUCUGGUCCAGUGGCGGAUCCAGACUACGUCAAAAUAAAUUACUGCAGCUUAUUUUACCAUAUAUUUAUAUUUCUAAGCACCUU